UGACUAUUCUCCCAGUUUAGUGAACUUCAAUUAAGGUAAGAAGUGAUUGUAAUUGGCCACGCACUACAACUUAUGCGCUAACACUACAACGCCAAUAACGCCCACUGCCUCUCGUCGCACACUGUCUUUCUGUGAAUUAGCUAUGAUUUGUUUUCUUUUGUUUCUUCUCCCGCUUCUAUCUUUAUAUGGCAUAAGACCACAGCACACACCGCGACCUUUCUAACUCUCUUGUUCUAUUGUUCGUUACUCCUCUCCUGUAUUACUAGUUACUCUCCUAGAGACGCGACUCAGUUUGUUAUCACUGCUACUGUCACCUAGAAAACCUAUUUUCUUUGUCCUGUCUCCCCUAUAUCAGUCCCCAUCUUGUGUAUUUGUUCACGAAAGGGGUUUAUUUGUUUGUUUGGUUCUCGCUUUCGCCCUGCGCGACACCUGUCAAGAGACAAACAGCCACGCCACAACAUGAAUCGCAAUCAAGAUCAAGCUCGCGAUCAAGCACCUCAGACUCAGUCCCAAGCUCAACCUCAGCCUGGGACUCAACAACAACGAGUCCGUCGACACUUAGAGGCUGAUUACCUGAUCGCAAGACAGAUGAAUGGUCAAGGUCUAUGGUUGCGAAACAAUAAUAAUACCAAUACCAAUACUAACACGAACGACAAGGGGGGCACGGGCAAUACUAGGGAUACCAAUGAUCGAGGCAAUGGCAUUGCAAGCGCCACUGGGGCCAAUACCGGGAACGCAUUGGCAACUGGCAACACGAAUACUGCAACUAUCUACACCGUCAAUGGCAAUAUCUGUCGUCGACCACAGCAUCAACGCAUCGGCGCGGCGCAAUGGGAGGUUAUGAUGCAGAGACAAUCGCAGCUGGUGUUGUCGUUGACGGAUUUUUUGAUUGCUAGAGGAGAGACAUAUGAAUCAAUCCUCGAUAUUUUGACCGACCACCUGGACGGCAUAGGGCCGCCGAUUAGUGGUCUACUCGGUCAGCGAGAGCUGCGGAUCAGAAGCCAGUUGAGUCAGACAUAGCAGCAGAGUGAGGCGGAACCACGGUCAUACCAACGCCGGGAGAUUGUCAACCUUCCAGUUGCGCCUCCGAACUGCAAUAAUCAGGGGUUCAACAAUUACCAGGGUCUCAACCAGGGAUAUGGCUUGAACAACAAUCAUAGUUACCGCAAUGGAUAUGGCGGCAACGGGUACGGCAUCAACAACAGUCAGUUGUAUAAUCAGGGAUAUGGAUUGAUUGACAACCAAGGGUAUGGCAACGGCACUGGGUAUGGCCUGAACAACAAUCAAGGCUUCGGUUACGCUCCCAACCAAGCCUACCACCAAAAGCAAGCCUUCAACCAAGGUCACGGUUUGAUUCACAGCCAAGGAUUCGGUUACGCUCCUAACCAAGCAUACAACCAAGCCUUCAACCACAACCAAGCCCUCAACCCAAACCAAGCCCUCAACCUCAACCAGGCUCCUAACCAAGGCCACAUCCGCACCCAAGGUCCUGGUUCCGUUCCGAACAAGCCCAUCGUCAUAAACGACGAUAACAACCAAGUUCAGAACCGUAACCGCAUCGCAAACACCCACCCCAACGGACCCAACUCCACCAAUUCCAACGUACGCCCUACCCACAUCGUGGUUUCCGGUGCCCGGUCAGCCGUGUACCACACCUGGAUUCUAUUUCCCGUCCAAACAUACGACCCCAGCAAUCCCUACAUCGGCAAGAUCGACCCCAUUGACGAACGCGCUACCCACAUCCUGCUUGGCCCUGACGCCGCGCACCCGCCGAUCAAUGACAACUGGCAUCUACUUCCCAUGCAGACAUACGUCCCCCCCAGCAAUAACACCAUCGGCCGACAGCCACAAUCUUCGUUCCAAGACCCAAUCAACAAUAAUAACAAUGCUGCCAACACCACAAACAACACGAACAAUACCAGCAACAGCAACACUACCAGCAACAGCAAAUUGCCAGACUUUCCCCUAUUAGGUCGCCACACCAACACUGUCCGAAAUGCACCCAUGCCAGAUCCUUUCGUUGAUACCUACAGCAGUAACAUCAACAAUGGCCACGGCAAUUUGAAUUACUUUGGCGGCGAUAGGAAUUCGAACUUGAAUUCCUUGCCUGGUGGUGUUCCUAGUGCCGGUCCUGGUGCAUCAGGGGCUGCUCUUGGUGAUGUUCAUGGAGCUGCGACAGUUCCUCGUGGUUUUCCUAGUGGUUUUCCUGGUGCAUCAGGUGCUGCCCCUGGUGGUGUUCCCGGUAUUCUGGUUCUUUAUGGUGAUGAUCCACCGUCUGCUGUUUCUCUCAGUGUUCCUGGUGGUGUUUUUGUUUCCUGGGAUAGUGCUUGGACAUAUACCUAUUUGCCACCAAUGUCGCUGGCGGCCAGAACGUUGGUGAGAUCGCUGCCGCCUUCGCUGCCGCCGCCGCCAAGCUCAACGCCAACAUCGGUCCCAAUGACAACCACAACGUCAACACCAAUACCAAUGUCAAUCCCAAUACCAACGUCAAUCCCAAUACCAACGUCAAUCCCAAUACCAACGUCAAUCCCAAUACCAACGUCAACCGCAAUACCAAAGCCAACGUUGAUCCUAAUGCAACCGAAUCGGAUCCGGACGCUACUCAAUCUGGGCAUGAACCUGAAGAUGAUGCUGAAAUGGAAGUGGAGAACGAAGACAAAUCAGACGCAGAAGCCCAUCCCGAAGCCACUCAAUCUGAGCCUGAAGCCGACAUGGAGCUGCGCCUGAAACCGAAAUGGAAGUCGAACGCAGAGACGAAGCCAAUCCCAACGCCACCCAAUCUGCUUCUGAAGUCGCCGCUGAAACCGAGAUGGAAACUCAGAUGAAAGUCGAUGUGGAAGACGAAGCAGUUCCCGAAGCCACUCAAUCUAAUCCCGAACCACAGAGCCAAGCAGAACAAAACAAAGACCGGGUGGAAGAGGGAGAAGACCAAAACCAAGAAUCCUCAUCAAAAUACAACCCCACACCGCCCCGUCGUCGCUCCCUCUGUAUCCGUGCCCAACAAUCUCUGAGACGGUCAAGUCGGUCGGCCGGUGCUGGUGUUGGUGCUCGUGGUGGUAAGAGGAGAUCCAACCCUGCUACUGACGAAAACGAAAACGAAGAUGAAGAUGAACAGAUGCAAGGUUCUGAUCUGCCUGUGAUGGGGUCGAGACGGUUGUCUAGGGGGUAUGGGGCGGAGAAAAGGGUGAGAUUUUCUGUUUGAGGAGCAGGCUUUGGGACUCUUGGGCUUGGGUUUGGCCUAGGUCUUGGGCUUGCGUUGUGCUGUCACUAUUGUGUUGGGUUCAGAUUAGGACGGAGGUCUGGUGUCUCUCUUUUGGAAUCUGGUGCUAAGUGGCUGGUGUCUGUUCUGGUUCUGGAGUCUGGCGUAUGGGAACAUGGCAGUUUGUUCGUGCAAACCAUCGUUAGGAGGGCGUCCUUUAACAGGGUGGACAUCCGCAUAGGUCAUUUUUGCUUGAGUAAAGAAAGGUUGCCAUUGUGAACGUCAAGCUUGCCCGUGUUUACGUCCAGCGUGUAAGAGUGCGAGGAUAUAAGAAUAGAGACACAACUUGUAAGAUAUCCUUCUUCCUUGAGCGUGUACCUUCUAAUCCAAA